AGAAGAAGCAGGACGAGCUGCGGUUCCUGCUGGUUACAGCGUGUCGUUGCAGCAGGAGGUUCGUGUUGGAGUCGAGCUCGUUAAUUAAGCUGUCUAUCAUCAGUCACGUUAACGUGUUAAUAGCAGUCUGCCAUCCUGCCCGAAGGUCGGAGCAGGUUAGCAGCAGCUAGCUGAAUUAGCUUGGCGGUUAGCUUCGCUCCUCGGCAGCGGCGUCCAGGAUGAGGCUGAGAGUUGGAUUUAUUCUGCGGAGUUUGAUUGUAAUCGGGACAUUUCUUGGUUUACUUGUGCUCUGGUCUUCUCUGUCGCCGAAAGUCAGUGAUGACGUUCCUUUUGGAAGACGGGAAGACCAUUUUCAACCCAAACCAAACUUGGCAGAGCAGUUUAAGCCUGUGGUGCCGUGGCCUCGUGUGGAGGGGUUGGAGGUUGACCUUGACUCUAUCAGACUCAAACAUGGAGGAGCCAACCCUCCCCAAUUUCCUAACCAGCAACCUGAGCAGAACCAGGUGAUAGAGAAGCAGUAUGUGACAUUUAAACCCCAUAUUCAUGCUUACAACAGCCCCACACUGAAGAAAGGCCUUCUGGGAAAUUUUGAGCUCAAGGAGCCUGAACCUCCGGGAGUCCCUGGGGGUCCUGGAGAGGGAUCAAAGCCUUUUAUACUGGGUGCAGAGUACAAAGACGCUGUCCAGUCUUCCAUCAAAGAGUUUGGCUUCAACAUGGUAGCCAGUGAUAUGAUUUCACUGGAUAGAACAAUCAGUGAUAUCCGCCAUGAUGAGUGUAAGUACUGGCAUUAUGAUGAAAGAUUAAUGACUUCAAGUGUGGUGAUAGUCUUCCACAAUGAAGGUUGGUCUACACUGAUGAGAACCGUCCACAGCGUCAUCAAGAGGACACCGAGAAGAUACCUGGCUGAGAUCGUCAUGAUAGAUGACUUCAGCAACAAAGUUCAUCUUAAGGAGCGUUUGGAGGAGUACAUCAAGCAAUGGAACGGUCUGGUGAAACUCUUCAGAAAUGACAAGAGGGAAGGUCUCAUCCAGGCCAGAAGUAUUGGAGCCAAGAAGGCCACUAAAGGACAGGUGCUGAUCUACCUGGAUGCCCAUUGUGAGGUUGGAAUCAACUGGUACGCUCCACUCGUUGCUCCUAUUUCCAAAGACAGGACUGUAUGCACAGUACCCCUUAUAGACUAUAUAGAUGGUAAUGAGUACAGUGUGGAGCCCCAGCAGGGUGGCGAUGAUGACGGCCUGGCUCGAGGAGCAUGGGACUGGAGCCUGCUCUGGAAGAGAAUACCGCUGGGCCCCAAAGAGAAAGCCAAGAGAAAACAUGUCUCCGAGCCCUACCGGUCUCCAGCCAUGGCAGGAGGCCUCUUUGCUAUAGAGAAAGACUUCUUCUUUGAGCUAGGUCUCUAUGAUCCCGGACUGCAGAUAUGGGGAGGAGAAAACUUUGAGAUAUCAUACAAGAUUUGGCAGUGUGGCGGUCAACUACUCUUUGUACCAUGUUCCCGUGUUGGCCACAUCUACAGACUUCAGGGAUGGCAAGGCAACCCCCCACCGGCGCAUGUUGGGUCAUCACCAACACUAAAGAACUAUGUUCGUGUGGUGGAGGUAUGGUGGGAUGAAUAUAAGGACUACUUCUACGCCAGCCGUCCCGAAACUCUGACUCUGGCUUAUGGAGAUAUUAGUCAACUCAAACGCUUCAGGGAGGAACAUCGAUGUAAGAGCUUCAAAUGGUUCAUGGAGGAAAUCGCUUAUGACAUUCCACAUUAUUACCCUCUGCCUCCAAAAAAUGUUGAAUGGGGAGAGAUCAGAGGCUUUGACACGAGUUACUGUAUUGACAGUAUGGGACACACUAAUGGGGGAAAUGUGGAAAUCGGACCGUGCCACAGGAUGGGAGGCAACCAGUUAUUCCGUAUCAAUGAAGCUAGCCAGCUGAUGCAGUAUGACCAAUGCCUGGCUAAAGGACCUGAUAAUUCAGCUGUCAUCAUCACCCACUGUGACCAGAACCAAUAUAAUGACUGGAAAUAUUUCAAGGACCUCCAUCGCUUCACGCAUUUAAAAACAGGCAAAUGUCUGGACCGCUCCGAUCUGCUGCAUACAGUUUUCAUAUCAGACUGUGACACCAGUAAAACCACUCAGAAAUGGGAGAUGAACAACAUUGUGGCCGUGUAAAGGCGCGAAAACUGGCGACAGUAGAACCACUAAGAGCUCAGAGGUGAACACUGUGACUCUUUGAGGAUGUACAGUGACAGACUGAUAACUAUCCCAAUCUUAUUUUUUAAAACUGAUGCUGUCAUUUAAAGAGGAAAUCCACCCGUUCAGUGUUAUUACAACUCCAACGUGAUGGACGUCUUGUCACAAACGAUCAACAGUGUGGCCUUAAGUGUGCGUCUGUCACAGCAGUCCAUGCAGACGUGACAUUCAGACUCGACCCCAGAGGAAGUGUGACAUCCAGACUGAAGCUGUGCUGAGAGAAACUAUGAAAUGGAACCAUAUGGGACUCUUUAUUUCCUUUUUAAACCAGUGUGUUGUUUUUUUUUUUUGUCAAAAGUUUAGCACUUUGACCAAAGAAUAGUUUUUAAAACUGGUGGAGGGUUCAGUGUAAUGAAGCCGUUGCGUGACAUGCUUGCUUUUGUGCUUUUGUCAGAUUUCCAGGUAGUUAAGAUGUCAGGUUGCACCAUGUAACACAGAAAUAAGUCGAGUUAGUAAACUGUGUAUUUUGAUAACUGCUUGUUGAUGUUAAAGCUACACUGUGUAGAAUUUAGGGGUGCUUAAUGGCAGAAACUCAUAACCACCUGUCAAUUAGGGUAUAAUUACCUACAAUAAUUAAUUGAUGUGUUUUCAUAAGCUUGGAAUGAUCUCUACAUAAUGACAAGGGGGCGGGCCCUCUCAUGGAGGCUGCCAUUUUGAUACAGUCGCCUAAAAAGGGACAUACUUUGAUGUUCCGCAUGGCUGGAUGACUGCAGGGGGAAAAAAUGAGACAGCGGUAGCUCCCGUAUACACCGUUUUCUGGUUGGUAGCGCAGGCUAACAAGUUUGAUCACCCUCAUACAUAUUGCUUAUGACAAAAAAAGACGAGGGAGCAUAAAUCCCCAUCAGCAAAACAAACAAACAAAAAAAUGUGAAGGCAAGCAAAAUUGUGACCUGUGAGGACAUAAUGCAAUCUGCAACUUCACCACUAGGUGACACUAAAUCCUACAUACUGUAGCUUUUAACAAAAGGAUUGCACCGGCUUGUUUUAUGACCGUUAAAAUGCAGAUGAUAAAUUGUUAAAUGUUUUGUACACACACUGUUUCUGCUCUGCUUGGUCAUUCUGCUUAAAAACCCUGCGUGCUGUCGUCACGUCGGGAAAGACUAAUCGAUCUUCUCUACAGUCAAAGCAGAUACAAGGUGAAGACAUCAUCGGGUUCAAUGAAGUGUAAUUAAAGUACUCAACAAUUUCCGUGCACAGUGGAAGGGAUGCUGGUACUUUAGGUUGUAUUUAUAAUUACACACUCCAGCAGCUGUGAAAAUGAUUCAUUAUAUCCUUUGUUUAAAAUCCUCUCAGCAGGACAGAAAUGUUGGACAUUGAAUUAGUUUGCUGAAAGCACAACCAGGUAGUUUUUGCAGCUCGGGCAGUGUGCCGUCCAGUGCUGGCGUGCAUUAUUUCCCCAGAGUGGUGUUACUAACCCUUUUUGCAUCCCUCUAACAAUAUAUUCCUCAUUUUCUGUUCUCUACAUCGAUUUCUACAGAUGUUUUGUGGUGGAGAAAGUGGACUUACUUUUUGCACUGCCUGCCUUACUGACAGUCUGUGAGUUGUUGACCAGUUGACUGUGACUUUUACUGCCUGACUAUCAGGAUGGAAAACAUGGGGUUGCUGGGUAAUGAGAUGUGUGAUAAUUAUCAGGUGAGGUGGGUUGACAUGUCAAAUGAUCAAAAUAUGGUGUCUUGUUGCAGGGGACGGAGCUUGGUGUGUGGAUGAUCAUGUAUGCAAUGUUUUGUACAAUGUAAAUAGAUUUGUUUCUAAAAUGAACAUGGCGCGUUUUGUGAAGGGUCUUCAGUGAUGUAAAUAUCUAACUUAUAGAAGAGAUUUAAUAAUAUGGGCUGAACAGCAGGUGACUGAAGAAAUAAAAAUGAUUUUACUACAA